AUGGCUCAGAGUGUAACAGGUUAUGGGCCCAGGAACAGACUGUAUUUUGACGGUGAUGAGCGCAAGUACGAGUUAUGGGAAGUGAAGUUUUUGGGCUACAUGCGGCUACAGAAACUGCAUAAUGUGAUUGAUCCUCCUGCAUCAAGUACGACUGCUGCAGACGUUACCAAAAAUGCCGAGGCAUUUGCGGAGUUGAUUCAGUUCCUGGAUGACCGUAGUCUAUCCCUUGUGAUGCGUGAUGCGAAGGACGAUGGACGUGAGGCACUGAGGAUUUUACGGGAACACUACUUAUCGAAAGGUAAACCCAAGGUCAUAUCACUGUACACGGAGCUCACAACGUUGCUUAAGGGAGAAAACGAGAGUGUUACAGACUAUGUGAUUCGAGCCGAGACGGCGGCAACUGCACUUAAAACGUCUGGUGAAACUAUUAGUGACAGCUUGUUGGUGGCAAUGGUGCUUAAGGGUUUACCUACGGAAUUCAAGCCAUUUAUGACUGUAAUUACACAAAGAGAAAAGGCAUUGACAUUUGCUGAGUUCAAGGUGUCUCUCAGAAGUUUCGAGGAGACAGAGAAGUCGUGCGGCGACAAAAGUGACAGUGACAGAGUGAUGAGGAUAGAGUCUCGUAAAUUCAGUGGUACGUGUUUCAAGUGCGGUCUUCAGGGUCACAAAUCGGUCGACUGCCGUGUCUCUAGACCGAACCAGACUUUAAGAAGAUGGUGUGAGAACUGCAGGAAUAACUCCCACGAUACGAAGUUUUGUUGGAAGAGUUCGGGGGGUAACAGUGGUAAAGACUCUGCCAGGAACGUAAAAGAUUAUAGUGAUGAUUAUGACAGUCAGAGCCACAGUUUUGUGUUUAAAGUGGGGCUUCGGAGAUCAGAGACUGAAUCAUGUGUUGUGGUUAACAAGUUAAUGGUGGACUGUGGUGCAACUACUCAUAUAAUCAAUGAUGACUCCAAAUUUGUGUGUUUUGACAAGCAAUUUGAUCCUGAGACAUUUUAUUGA